AUGCAGCAGGUCGAGAUUGCACCAGAUCCAAAUUACGACCCGUCACUGGUCCAAUCUACUUCUCUCCGCAUUAUCAAGUACACUCCACGUCUCUGGGAGUUGAAGACGGGAGAGUCGGUGUCCUUUCGGUCUAACUUGCCAGAGCACUGGGAACGGCAGCUACGGCCGGGGGAGACGUAUGAACUUCUCUGGCUGGGAGGCAUGAUCGCACUGUGUGACUGGGAGACGACGAAGGAAUGUCUUGGGAAGGAACUGAGGCUUUGUUCUGAGACGGGGAGAGAUCUCUUAGUAUUACCAGGGGGAGCGCAUACUCUCCUCUCGGUAGGGAGUGUGCGCUCUCCUCCAGUACCCAGGGUAUCGCCAGGGCCUGUUCAGGAUGAAAAUCGUGUGCUUGGAGCCCCCAUCCUCAGCGUGGAACUGCAAUGUCCUCCCACGAUCCAUCGCCAGGGUCUCUUCCAGGUCAUCAGAGAGCUCCACUAUCACCCUUCGGAAUCGCAGGAGGCAAAAGCAAUUACAUUCCACACCCUGAUAGCUUCCCGAUCCAUUGCAACAAGAGACUGCUUUCAACUCUAUCGACGCAAUGUAACACGCCUCGAGCGAGUCGAAACCGACAGCCUCAACGACGCAUACGCUAUCUACGAUGACCCGGACGUGCUCGUCAAGGUCACCGCCCACGAUGAUUUCACCACUCUCCGACCGGGGGAAUCGUGGAAUUUUCCACAGUAUAUCCAGGGACGGAGCUGGACGGAUAUUCCCCGUGAUGCACAUGUUGGGGAGACCUCCUACGUGCAGUACAACGGGGGGACCGUCGACUGGUGGAAUUGGGGUGGGCAGGAGGGCCAUGCCAGCACGAAAGUGACCUUGUCCUGUUCAAUAUCUGGACGAGUGGUGGACCCGGCAGAUAAUGGAGAGAGACCGCGGUUGGUCGUUCCGGCGUCGAAUAUCGUAGAGUUCACCUUGGUUGGUUCUGGAUGA